GCCCCUCUUUACUCUAGCAAUGGCGGACGACGCCGGUGCUGCGGGAGGUGCAGGAGCGGCCCGAGGGGGCUUCCGCGGCGGCUUCGGGACCGGGCUGCGGGGCCGCGGGCGUGGCCGCGGGAGGGGCCGCGGGAGAGGUCGCGGGGCCCGGGGAGGCAAGGCCGAAGAUAAGGAAUGGAUUCCUGUCACCAAACUUGGUCGCCUGGUCAAGGAUAUGAAGAUCAAGUCUCUCGAGGAGAUCUAUCUCUUUUCCCUUCCCAUCAAGGAGUCGGAGAUCAUCGAUUUCUUCCUGGGCUCGUCCCUGAAGGAUGAGGUGUUGAAGAUCAUGCCUGUGCAGAAGCAGACUCGUGCCGGCCAGCGCACCCGGUUCAAGGCUUUCGUCGCCAUCGGGGACUACAACGGCCACGUGGGGCUGGGUGUGAAGUGCUCCAAGGAGGUCGCCACUGCCAUCCGCGGGGCGAUCAUUCUGGCCAAGCUCUCCAUCGUGCCGGUGCGGAGAGGCUACUGGGGCAACAAGAUCGGCAAGCCCCACACCGUGCCCUGCAAGGUCACCGGCCGCUGCGGCUCUGUCCUGGUGCGCCUGAUCCCGGCCCCCCGUGGCACAGGGAUUGUGUCAGCCCCUGUCCCCAAGAAGCUGCUGAUGAUGGCUGGUAUUGAUGACUGCUACACCUCGGCCCGGGGCUGCACUGCCACCCUCGGCAACUUCGCUAAAGCCACCUUCGAUGCCAUCUCCAAGACCUACAGUUACCUGACCCCAGACCUCUGGAAAGAGACUGUGUUCACCAAGUCUCCUUACCAGGAGUUCACUGACCACCUGGCCAAGACCCACACCAGAGUCUCUGUGCAGAGAACCCAGGCAGCUGCUGUGGCGACAUGAGAGGGUUUUGUGCAGGAGAAUAAAAGGAUCAGUGAACAAGAAACUGCUGUGGUGGGAUUCAGU